GAUUCCGAGCGUUGAGCGCAAAGGCCCCGCCGAAAGGUGUGCCACGUGUCCCGAAACCGCCGCGCUGCCCAGCGGAUCCUCCUUCCUCCCUGGGUUGCCCGCGGCUAUGUUUAACCGCGCCGUGAGUCGGCUGAGCAGGAAGCGGCCGCCGUCAGACAUCCACGACAGUGAUGGGAGUUCCAGCAGCAGCCACCAGAACCCCAAGAGCGCAGACAAAUGGGCGGCUUCUCUGGAGAAUCUGCUUGAAGACCCGGAAGGCGUGAAAAGAUUUAGGGAAUUUUUAAAAAAGGAAUUCAGUGAAGAAAAUGUUUUAUUUUGGCUAGCAUGUGAAGAUUUUAAGAAAACACAAGAUAAAAAGCAGAUGCAGGAAAAGGCGAAGGAGAUCUACAUGACCUUUCUGUCCAGCAAGGCCUCUUCACAAGUCAACGUCGAGGGCCAGUCCCGGCUCAAUGAGACGAUACUGGAGGAACCGCACCCACUGAUGUUCCAGAAGCUCCAGGACCAGAUCUUCAACCUUAUGAAGUACGACAGCUACAGCCGCUUCUUAAAGUCUGACUUGUUCUUAAAACACAAGCGAACGGAGGAAGAGGACGAAGGUCCACCCGAUGCCCAGACUGCAGCUAAAAGAGCUUCGAGAAUUUAUAAUACAUGAGCCCCCAAGACACUGGCAGGACUGGCAGCUUUCAGAAGCGAAGGAACUCGCUCUCAGGACCGUGCAGGGUUUAUAACCUCUUUGUUUUCUGCAAGGACUGAAAUGUGCAAAACGCUUCCAUGGAAUAUGUGUAUUUUAUUACCUGCUUGACCAGUAAGUUUUGCAUGAUGGCUAAUCUUACAUAAAAAGACAAAUAGCUUUGAAGUUUUAGUUCUCACACACACCCAAAGGGGGGACAGUCCUUAAAACACUGGACAGUUUGAGUAUUUCACAGCUUGAUUAAGCGUCAUGUGAGGCCACCAGGUGAACAUACAGCCACCUCUUACCUCUAAAGUCUUUGCCCUGCCUCUGUGUGUGGGUCACAUGUGUCCACAGAUUCACUUGGUGAACCAGCUCAAGAAUGAAUUGAUCUGACAAGCUCAGGUCACUGGGGUUUUGUCUGUCAGGUGCCUCUUGGGUUAAAUACUUCUAGAGAGUAAGUUCAGUGCUGGGAAAAGAAAAUUCAGCACAGCCUCUAAAGAUCUGGGGAGCUGCGUGUGGGUAUCGUCAGAGGGCUCUUAUUUCUUGCGCGUGGGUUUGUUCUGGUUUUGCCCGUAAUCCGUGACAUUUCAUGCAACAAAGAUAAAUAGUUCAUUUUGACAGAAACAAGAUCUCAACCAGGAAGAAAGACAAAUGGGAGACUGUUCAGGGUCCCCAUGGUGAUGCAAGGUGGUGCUGAAUGGGAUGGUGGCACUGGCCCGUGCCGAUGAUGGAGCUGGGGGGAUGUUCCCUUCUCUUGCAGCCCUUUUGGUGAAACUCUUUCUUCUUGAUGCCUACCCCUUGCUAGACUUGUUAACUCUGGGCUUGAGACUUCAACCAGAGGAAGGAAAUGCUGUCUUUGGAAGCCCCCUCUUGGGUGAAGAGGCUGUGAGUGAAGUCCUGCUGGGCCCAGGCGCCCCCAGCAGAGCCCAAGGUCAGGCACGGUUCCCUUCUGCUCAUUGUUCCUGCCGUCUGCUGCUGCCAGACCUUCUCCAGCAUGUUUGCCAAACCUUAAUCUCCUGUUUGCACAAACAGAGCAACCAGACUCUUACUUGAGAGCCUUCCAAGUCAGACGUUCCCAUUUGCAAAAUUCCCUGCUGAUGAGCCUGACUGUAUGAUUUAUCAAUCAAGCCGGGACACUUGAGAGAGAAGGGGAGUGAGCUUAAUCAUCACGCUGGGAUAAUAGGCAUCAGCUGGUUCUGUUCCCAGUGAAACCAGUUUGCAUAGUCACCCUACUGACCACCCUCUCCUAGGGCGACCACUUGGGCAGUUCCCCGGAUUCUCCUUGUCCAUUCACUGUGGUCGAAUGCCCCCUGUCCUUCCACCUUGGACCUGGGGAAGGGAUGGUCUUAGGAAGCCAUUCACUGCUGCCAACCAAACCACCCAACUGAGGAUUCGUCAGAAACAGCAAAUGCUUGAUCCCCCCGACAGGGGGUUUUCUGCCUCCCCCAGGUCAUCCCCGACAUGCCUUCUCUCUGCCUGGGAUGAGAUAGUAAUGCUGAGAAUGACACCCAAGGGCCCUGUCAUCUGGGAAAUUCAGUCCAUCUUCAAGCAGUGCAGACUGAUGUACUUGAAAGAGUAAGGAAUAAAAACAACAUGGGUUCUCUAGCUCCACUUGCAGUUUACUAGCCAGAAAAGUGCAGGGAUGCGGACCCACACACCCACUGCACUGUUGCAGCUGCAGGAUAAUUUCAAGGUGCCAGGGAACUGAGCGAGCUGCUUGGUGCUCUCUUUUGAGAGCCUGUGCUGGGCGGGUCCCAGAGACUGCAGGUGGGCUGGGAACCCUCUUUCUGGCUUUUACCCUUUUACCCCUGGGUUCAGAGGCCCUUUGAGGUGGUGAGCUCUUCAUAAGCACAUAAAGGAAACAGCCAGAGUUAGCUGGGAGACUGUCUGCCAGAAGAAAGCCUCUGGCUUAGGAGCUGCCUGAAGAGCUGAAUGCGGGUGGGAGGGUGAGCUGCCCGUGUUCAGCCACGGCUCACUUCUCACAGCACUUCCCCCAGCUCGCUCUGGCUGGGCUGCCUGCAUCCCUGCCAAUCGCGGAACUGAGGCAGGUACAGAAUUCAGCUUCCUAAAGCCAUUGCAGAAGUGAGACAGAAGUGUAGGGAAUCUGUGUAGCCAGACCCAUGCUUCUACCCAGCUUUUCACUUUCACCCUAUGUCUGUCCAUCCGUCCAUUUAUUGAUUAAUAUUUAAAUUGUGUCUGCAAUGUGCUAGGGAUUGUGUUAGGUGCCAAGAUUCAAUGGGGGGAGUAUAGCAGCCAUGACGAUUCAUGCUCUAGUUCACAGGUGUUCUAAAAUGUAGGUUUUAUUAUUAUUCAGGUGUGGUGAGCCCAGCAGAUCAGGAGACGACUAUCAUUGAAAGGACAGUUUCUAAGAGAAAGGAGCAGGUCACACCGUGCAGGGCCGCGUGGGGAAUCACCAGGGUCGGUCAGAAGGUGGAGAGAGUGAGGGAAACGUAGGCAAAAGCCUUUAUUGUGGUUUCCUUGGAAAAGGCAGGGCAAAGGGUAGGUUUGGCUAGUUUGUAUCGUUUCCGUGGGCUCUGGGGCUUAGGGACUGUCCCUAACUGGUACCUGGGCCUGAGUCAUUAGGGCAGGUGGCCCAGAGUGUGAGAGCCCCAUAAAGAAGGGACCUGGGGAUGUGAGCUCUGCAUCUGUCAGUUGUUUUCUGCCUCUAAGAAUCAGCUAGCGCUGGGAGGGGCAGUCCUGCCAGUGCCAGCCAGGACCCAGAGGUCAAAGCUUCAGAGUAAAACACGCUUAUGACAACAGUCUGCAGGGUCUCAAAAUCUCAACCCGCAGGGCAUAGAUGUUGUGUUUGAUGGGGCAUGUGUCUGAAAGCUUUCAGUGCAAUUGCCUUGGGCACAGCGCAAAUGUAAUCUCCAGUUGGCUACAAGCCCCAUCAUUCCCUAUUGCCUUCUAACAGGCUAUUCACAGUUUACAUUUUCUGCUGGCUUUACAGUUUGUGCCCUGAUCUCCAUCUCCUGUAUGCAGAGAGCACGGCCUUGGUGACAUUUUCCUCUGUGACUUUUCAGUCAUUAAUGAUACCUCCAGAUCCACUCUGCUGACCCGCCCAGCUUUCUCAGAGUCAGUUGCGGUUCACACUCCUGCACCAUCUUGCUUUCUCAAUCACAGAACUCCCCUCCAAGGCAGGGCGGGGGUCACCUCACACUUGAAGAACACCUUUCCAAAGGCUUCUUUCCCAUUGCUUCAUACACAAAACCUUAAAAAGUGGGAGAACAUCUAUUUCUCCCAUUUUAGAGAUGGGAAAACCAAAACAAAGGACAUGACUCACACGUGCUUGUGAGUGGUGGAGUCUGAGGCUGGAACCAAACCUUCCAUCUCCCGACCCCAGCUCCCUUUUUGGUUCAUCCUCUGCCUGGACAGGGCCCCAGGGAGGCCCAGCGCUGGGGUGAAUACUGGCAUUUUGGUAAAGAUGCUCCUUUACUCAUACAACAGAUGCUUAAUGAGCACCUACUACAUCCCAGGCCACAUACUAGCUAUAGGAAUGUAGGGGAAUUAAAGAGUGAAGCAUGGAGAAUUCCCUGGCAGUCUCGUGGCUAGGACUCUGCACUUCCACUGUAGCGGGCAUGGGUUCGAUCCCUGGUCAGGGAACUAAGAUCCCACAGGCUGUGACGUGCAGCCAUAAAAUAGACAAAAGUCAUACUAUACACAGUUCAAAAAAAAAGAAAGAAUGGAGCAUCAACCCUGCCAGCAGCUGGUCGGGAGAUGAGAUGGGGUUUUUAACCAAAAACUCCUCUGUAAGAAAGAAAGUGACCAGCCCCUGGGAGAGAGACUGAGGGGACAGGGCUGGCCAGUUGUGUUCAUCUCUUAAGUUUACAUGCUCAGUUGUUUUGUCUUUUCCCUAAAUGUCAGGGGGUUAAUUAAGCUUCAUGUUGACACUGGCGGUGAAGUGAUUUCAUUUGAAAAACAUGAGAAUAAGUACUCUCUGUUCUCAUGGGGGAUGAGCUUUUUAAAUUCCAGUCUCAGGUUAACUCCAGAGAAUGAAGAAUUAGUUAACUGCGUUUCCCAUUACGAUUUUGCUAAUAUGUCCUUUCUUGUGUUAGAGUCGGGAGCUGAUGAAUUGGUACCCAACUCCCAGGUCCCCGCCCUGAAUUUGUGAGCACACUGUUUAUACGCUUGGCAAAUGCUAGGCAAGCGCAGUCAUGACUCGCAUUCUGUCAUUAUUUACUUUAAUUUUGGCCGCGGAUGUUCUAGAACUUACAUUUAUUUAAGUGCUAAAUGGUCUUGUUGUACCAUUAGCUUCCAGGGUUUUAAAACUGUGUUUCUUCUCAUACACUACAGUGAGCACUGUGAAAGGACUGACGCCUGGGCAGGGAGGGGAGAAACCUCACACACAGAUGGGUGCAGGGGUAGAAUCUCUGUCGAAAUGGUCCCCAAAUUGUUCUCCUUGGAUUCCCACAGGCACUGCAAACUUUGCAAGUCCAAAGUUGCUGAAGCGGAAACCUGGGGGUCCCCCCUUGGGGCCUCUGAGUGAGGGUCUUGCAGGGUACACUGGCUGGGUGCUUGCACGGGCAUUCACAGUGUUGCAUCCACCUGGAGAAAGGGGGGACCUUUUCCCAACUCCCAGAAAGCCACUGGGUCGAGAGACCUGGAAGUGGCCUGAGGGCCUCCCCUUUCCUGACUUCUAGGCUGAUCCAUCAGCAAGUCCUCUAAAUUCUGCUCCCAAAUCUAUGUUGAGUGCAUCCAUCCUUCCCACCUCCACAGCCCUGGGCCCUGGCCAAUCUGCCUCUCUCGUGUCUUGCCGGAUGGAGCCUCUGCAUAGGUCAGUCCUCACUGCACACCCCUCCCCAUCUUCAUCCAGCAUCCACCUUUUAAAAGCAAAACCCUGACCAGGUUGCUCACCUGGAUAAGCCCUUUCUGGGCCUUUCUUUGUGCUCAGAAUGAAAGCUCAGAUCAUGACCAUGGCCUCAGGACUGCAAAGCCAGGAGAGCUGAGCCCCGCCCCAGCUCACCUUCUGUCCCUCUACAGCUCAUUUCAGAUGUGAGCAGGGCACGGACGCUGCUUCCUGCAGCCUCUGCACAGGCUGCCUCCUCCUGACCUCGGCUCCUUGGCUCUCAGGCCAAAUGUCAGCUCCUGGGAGAGGUCUUUCCCGAGGACCCCACUAAGCAUCCCCCUGCCCGCUUCCCAGCGCCUUCAGAGCCCUGGCACGUGGCUAUUUCUCUGUUACCAGCUUAUGAGCUCUCUCCCCAAGGACAGGGACGGGAUGUGUUUCACCGAGUUCCCAGAGGUGAGUCUACUGCCUGGCCCCGAGCAGCCACGUGGUGGGCCCUCCAUAAACGUUCCUUGCGUGAGCAAAGGAAUGUCAAGUGGGUCAGGAUCUCAAAGUUUGGUUGGUCUCAUUCACAGCCUGGCACUCCAGGGUUGCCCUUUGGUAAUGGUCAACCCUUGUGAUUGCAGAAUUAGGAGGCCCACCACUUCCUGAGCACCUCCCACGUGCCAGGCAUUGUGCAAGGCGCACUGCAGAUGGUGUCAAACUUGGGCAGUGGGUGUGGCCUCCACUAUAUCAAAGGGGGCUGACCUUUGGAGGCAUUGAACCUGCACCAGGUCACCAUGGCUUAUGGUUGGUGCUGCCAGGAUUGGAACCCAGGUCUUUUAGACCCCUCCACACACCCCCUCCCAGCCCACCAUCUUUCUCUAUACCAGGCUGGGCCAGAUUUCAGCUCAGACAAAUCUCUGGCCAUUCCAGCUAAAAAAUGGGACUCUCUUUCUGCUCUCUCAGGGACAAGGCCACCACCCAGCUGGUCUUGACCCAUCCUUCUUUUUCCCUCGCAGGAUAUGCAGAGAAUACUUUGCCCCAGCAAGGGAGGUAGAGUCAAAUGCUCCUUUAAAAAGUCUGGUUUGGUAUUUGCAACCAGUUUUUUUCCCCAGUUAGUGAUAUAUCAUGACCAUCUUUCCAUGCCAGUAAACAUAAUUAUACACCAUCCAAAAAAAAAAAAGUCCAGUUUCAAGAUUAUCUAGGGAAGAUAAAUGUUUCCCUUGUGCUAAUUCCAGCACAGUUUAUAUUCUAUUUUGCAACGCGGGCAAACUGUUUCCUUCUCAUUUAAGCAUUUAAACUCUGUUUUUUAAACUGUUAUGGCAUACAGAUCGCCUAAGAGUAACAGAUGUCUGCUUGAUGGAGAUGUUCCCAGGAAAAGAAUUUGCUGCUUCUUGGUCUCCAGAGGAAGGAUGCCUUUGCAAGUAUGUGGCUUUUGGUCCACAUGUCCCCUCUUGUACCCUCGUAAGAUGAAUGGGGGAAGAAAUAUAGUGCCACUGGCUGCUUUGUAAAUAUCUGUAUUUACAGAUCCUGGCGAUUACAGAGGUGAGACCCUGGUCUCCCAGGAGGGCUGUCCCUUCCCCUCCUGGAGGCAGUAUUUCUCUGAAUUUUCUUAGGUGGUUAAGGUCAUGGCCCAUCUGGAGACAUGAAAAUGUGGGUCCACUUCUACUGAAUUUGCAGCUUUCCCCAGAAUCUUAGCAGUGGAAGAAUCUCUCUCAAUUAUUUUUAUUAUUACUUUUUUACUAUUGACUAGCAUGAGAAUUUUGAUUAAGAUCAUGUCAUGGAGUUUGACUGCCUAAAUUCUAACCCAGCUCCAAUGUUUAUUAGCUGUGUGCUCUUGGGCAAGUCACAUUAUCUUUCCAAGCCUAAAUCUCCUCACCUGUUAGAUGGGGAUAACAUUGACUCAAUGAGAUUUAAUGAGAUGAUACAUAUAAUGUACAUAGCACAGUUCCUGGCCCAUAGGGGGGUCCAUAAAUAUUAAUGAUCCAGAGUCAUGUAGUCUGUUCAAGGUCACAAAGGAAAGAUGUAGCAGAUUCCUAGUCUGGGCUAAUUCCUGAGUCCUUGGCUAGGGCUCUUCCUCUAUGUCAUUUGAGUGAACACAGGAAGAGCCCCAGGGCCAGGGAGCUGGAUCUGAAUACUGCUCAAAUGAUUGAUGUAGAAAGUGAGUGGGUCUCAGAGCAGGAGAGGGUCAGCACCAGAGGACGUGGAGGGCAGCUGGUGGGGGGCGGGAAGGGGAGACCAGGAUGGGCUUGGGAUUGGGUGUCAAGGCCGGGAGGGGGCUCCGUUGCCAACCUGGAGGCAGGCUCCUAGUUCAGCCAAGUGGCCAAGUUAAAGGGCAGGAAGUCUGAGAGAGGGUCUCUGACGGAAGGGGUUCUGACCAGGGAAAAGCAGUGAAAACAGGAAGUUGGUGGUCUCUUCUGGAGCCCCUCUGCGUCUGAAGGAAAGGGAAGGGAAUCCAGUAGAUGUCCUCUGGGGAGCUGCUCGUAUCCUGGGCGACUGUCCCUCGGCCUGCGAGAAUGAUGGUUUCCCCUGGGGGAGGAGCUGCCCUCGCGCUUUCCAGGAUGUCCCCGACUCUGCUUCUGCGAGAGGAGGGAACCCGGCACAGGGACAGCUUUCCUGAAGUUCCCGGCUCGGGCUCACGGGGGAGCUGCUGAGCCAUGGAGAGAGGGCGCAGCUGGGCUCUCUGCGGGGAGGGGCCGGCAGCGGGGGAGGACCCUACCAGGCCCUGGGCACCACACCCACCCCCGGGGAGGGGUCCCCACCCGAGGGGUCCCCACCCCCCCAGAGGCGCCCUGCGGUGCCCCCUCCCCAGGUCCACUUGUAAAAGGGUUUUUGUGCUAAUCACCUUCCGAGAGCCCGGGUCUGGGGAUGGGGCAGCCCUGGAACUGCCACGUCCAUGCCCGCUGACCAGGGCCACCGCCCUGGCUUCUAGGUGUGAGUGGCAGGAAGGUGGGCACUCUUCCUAGCCGCCACGGUCCCACAGCUGUUUAGGCAGGAGGAUGAGGCACUUCCUGCAUUUACACUGAGAUUUUCUUUUGCCUCUUUUCCGCGGCCUCGCUCCCCCCAGCCUCCCACCUUGGCCUCUGCUGGCCCCAAAGACCCAGACAGGCCAUCAGGAGAGGACUGUUUUGUUCAUUUCAUUCAUUUCUAAAGUCACUGUUAAUUUUCUUUUAAGCACUUGGAAACAAUGUUUUGAUGUGAGUUUAUUAAAGAACUGCAGGACUUUGUACAGUAAACUGCCUGGUACAAAAGCUGCAUUAACGAAGAGAUCAAGAAAUGACUAGCUUUGUGCACAGAGGCUUAAAGGUUUAAAAUUGUUGAGAUAUUAAAUUUCUGUCUUUCUAAUCGGUGGAUUUUAAAAGUAUAUCUCCAAACCCUCAUCUUUUAUCUCUGGUGUUUGUUCUGAAAUGUGGUUAUUUCUGAAGCCUCCAAGAUAAGAGGUUAAAAUUUCACUCUUUCCUUCCCAGCUCUCUGGGCUGCAUUAUUAUUUUACGGGUAAGGGGAUGGCUUUUUUUUAAAAUUGAGGAAUAAUUAAUGUUCAGUAAAUAUACAAAUCUCGAGUGGGCAGCUCAGUGACUGUCCACAUUUGUUUACACACAUGGAAUCACUACCAGGUCCAGCUACAGAACAAUGCCAGCGUCUGGGGGACAGCUUUUAAGGGGCACCUUCUCAAGAAGCUGUGCUUUUUCAUCCUACCUUCUGUAUUUCCUGUCUCGGUUCUCACGGAUGGAGAUCUCGGUACCCUGUCCCCAACUCCUUGUCCAGCUGUGUGGAGUGAGAAUAAAGUGGCCCCUCCUUCAUGCACAGAACUCUUUGAGACUUUCCUCUGAUUUUUUUCAUUAAGAAAAUUAGUUACUUUGCAAAAUAGUUACUAGCCAAGGUGCCAUUCUGCCUUUGUACAAUUUUGUGGCAAAGUCGGGAGGGAUUUCAGUGGAUUCGUCCAUGUCUUUACAUCCCUGCUUCUUCAGUGCUGACCAGUUGCAUUGCUCAGUUUACCACUAACCUGUUACAUUAUGAAAACUACUUAUAGGGCUUCCCUGGUGGCGCAGUGGUUUAGAAUCCACCUGCCAAUGCAGGGGACAUAGAUUUGAGCCCUGAUCCGGGAAGAUCCCACAUGCUGUGGAGCAACUAAGCCGUCUGUAUGCCACGGCUGCUGAACCUGUGCUCUAGAGCCCGUGCGCCACAACUACUGAGCCCACGAACCACAACUACUGAAGCCCGCGUGCCUAGAGCCCGCGCUCCAAAACAAGAGAAGCCACCGCAAUGAGAAACCCGUGCAUCGCAACAAAGAGUAGCCCCUGCUCACCACAACUAGAGAAAGCCCGCGCACAGCAAUGAAGACCCAACGCAGCCAAAAAUAAAUAAAUAAAUAAACAAAAACAAAAAAACUGCUUAUAGGAAGAGUUUCAAAACAUUCAGAAAAGUAAAAAUACGAUUACAAUAAAACCAUUGUCUAUAUUUAAUCAUUGAAUAAUUACCACUAAUUAUUAUUAAUAAUUAUUAGCCAUGUUUCCUCUAUAUGUUCAUAUUUUUUUGCCAAACUAUUUUAAAGAAAAUUAGAUGUAAUGGUUCACCUAAAGUAAUAACAUUUAUUACACUUAGUAAACUGAACAAUUAUUCUCAAUAUCAUCUAAUAACAACUCCGUAUUAAAACUUCUCAAAUGACAGGACAUUUUGAAGUGUCCUUUUUUCAAACCAGGAUCCAAUCAAGGAGCUAGCAUUGUAAUGUCUCUCUGUAAUUUAGACCAGUCUCCCAAUCUUUUAUAUUUUUUGUUUAAUGGCGUUGCCUUUGUCGAAGAAACUAGGCUAAGUAUAGUAUAAAAUGCUCCACAUUCCUGACUUGUUUUAUUGUUUCUUCAUGGUGUCAUUUAGCUUGUAUUUCCUUUACUUCUGAGAAUAAAUUAACAUUAUGUAUGCUGACCUUU